UUGUCCACUUUAUUUAUCUCUCGUAGUGAAUCAAAACUGUUUGUUGUACAAAACGUAGUAGAUGGUAAGCACGGAUAGAGUGAUUUCUACGACAACUCUUAUCUCAAGAGUUCAUCGAUUAUCGAUUAUAAUACGCUAAGUAAGAAUAAGUGAACAGGAAAAGCUGUGAUUUGAAGAAGCGAGAAUUUAAAUACUCCACUAGUCACCGAAAUGAAACACGAUCUAAUGCACUGAUGCAAUCGGAUCUGAAUUUGAACUCAUUCAGUUCACUUGGUGACUUGAAUAGUUCUUCUUAAAUCAAAGACUCUAAACAAGACCGUAUCAAAGUGCAAAAAUGGUGAUAUCAAAGAGUGCUAAUAAUAUAGAUACCGAACAACCGAAUUCGGCGGGACUAAAUUUCGUGCUUAAAACGUCUGAUCCAAAGUUUAAAACGGAGUUUGAAGAUCCGGUAGAAACCAAACGGAUUUCAAAACAUAUUCAGAAUGUUUUGGAGGUGAAAGUGUUCAAGAAACGUUGGCUUCAAUUAGUGCUAUUCGUUCUUUACAGUGCAAAUAUCCAUAUUCAUCAGUAUCAAUACACGAUCAUCAACAACAUAAUAUGCAAAUACUACAACGUCUCCUCACUGGCCGUUGAAUGGACUUCAAUUAUGUUCAUGGUGAUGUACUUGAUUCUGAUAAUUCCAUGCUCGUAUCUGGUCAAUCUCAUUGGUCUGAGAUGGUCGGUUGUAGCAGGAGCGAUGAUAACGUGUCUCGGAGCAUGGAUGAAAGUCUUUUCGGUAUCUCGGGAUUGUUUCGUCGUGACUUUAAUCAGCCAAGCGAUAAUCGCUGUAUCAGAAACGUUCACUCAGCCUCUUCCUGGACUGUUGGCUGCCCGUUGGUUCGGCCCGAAACAAACCGCUCUUGCGACUACUAUCGCUUGUAGUGGUAUCACGAUUGGAUAUUCCGUUAGCCAUUCGAUAACACCGACGGUGGUUCAAAAUCGUGCAGAAAUAGACGAAAUCGGACAAGAUUUGUCGAUCCUUUUCUGGUCAAUUGCUCUAUUCUCUACCAUCAUUGGCGUGGCUUUGUUGUUUUUUUUUGAAGCCGGACCACGUUUACCACCGAGCGAUUCCAGGGCACUUCAAAUAGUAAAUGGUGAAGUUAUUAAAACGGGAGAUUACUUACCGUCGAUUAAAAGAAUAUUGAGCAACAAUAAUUACUUAUUACUAUGGAACUCCGACGGCAUAAUUAUUGGUGUACUGAAUGGAAUAAUUGCAAUGCUGAAUCCGCUUUAUCUUCCCCACUUCAGGAAUGGUGAAAAGGAAGUUGGAGAGCUUGGUUCUGUGAUUGUCAUCACGGGAACCAUUGGUUCACUGAUUGUUGCCCUUGCUCUUGACAAGAUUAAAAAAUUCAGAGAGAUCGCGCUUUUCUUAUGCAGCCUUUCUAUCAUCGGGGAAAUUCUGUUUGCUGUGAGCUUGUUCAUUGAAAUCAAAUGGAUGGUAUUUGCUACCGGUAUAAUGCUCGGGGGUUUUUUGGUCAGCUAUACAGCGAUGGACUACGAAUUGAGCGCUGAAACAACUUAUCCAGAACCAGAAAAUAUCGCCACGGGAUUGCUGUUUGUGUCGAUAAACAUUUUUAGUCCCUUGAUAAUUCUGAUUUCCGGAAGGUUGUUCGAAGCCUACGGAGACAGAGCGACACACGCGUUUUUCAUAUUACUACUCAUCCUCGGCACAUUUUUAAUUGGCAUUAACAAGAGCGAACUUCGUCGCCAGAAGGCUGCUGAAAAUGCUGUGAAAUACAAAGCUGUGUCUCAAAAAGUACUCGCUGAGCCUGCUCAGAGUUUCGACGAAGGAGUUUGAAAUUUUUAUCCCUAAAAGUGAAGCUCAUUUCACGGAUUGAGAAUUGAAUCAGUUAUUUGCAAUAGCUGGAGAGAACUUGGAAUUAUAACCAUUAGAAUUUACUUGAGUAUUUUUCUUACUUAAUGGAAGUCAAAUGAUAAGAACGCAUCCAAGAUGGCUGUGGUACGUAACGUCAUACCACCAAGUCCUGUACCAUUGGAAAAAAUAACCAAUUAUCUAAGAAUGAUACAUGCAUUUCUUAAUUUUUCUGCAACUAAGAUAAUCAGAUAUAAUAAGAUUAAUCUCCUUCAACGAGGAAAAUUGUACCAAUUCCUAAAACUCAAGUUGGAUAUAUUGGGUCCAGUUACCCAAUUGUGAGUAUUAACUUCAGCCCAGUUUCACCAACAUCUAUUACGAAGUUAAAGUUUGUGACGUUAAUGUAUUGUUGACUUAAUUUCAGUAUGGUGUGUGCAUGAAAGUGAAGAGACGAAACACUUUCUUUCUAAAACACGAAGAUGGGGUUACAUUUCGAUACUUGAACGUUUACAGACGAACGAUAAAUGAGAAAGUGGGUAGAUGAUCAGUUCAAAAUAUACAGUGCAACCUCCGAAUAAGCCCUCUCCAAAUAAGUCCGCUUCCCCUAAUCUUCGCUCGAGAGUUGCCCCCACUACUUCACGCAUCGUCACGCAUCGUCGCGCAUCGCAAAAUCGGAGGCGAACCUCUAAAUAAGUC